AUGCUUUUGGGGACUAUCCCACCAUUUCUAGGAAAUCUCACAGAUCUAUUACACCUUUCGUUACGAGAUUGUGGCUUGCAAGGAGAGAUUCCCGAGUCCCUCGCUCAGCUUAGAACAUUGCGGUUUCUAGUUAUGGGUAACAAUGAUCUAACUGGCUCUAUUCCAUUAGGACUCUAUAAUCUUUCAAGUGUCUAUGCUUUCGCAUUUGGUUUCAAUAGACUCCAUGGGAAUGUACCAACAGACGUAGGCUCUACACUUCCCAAGUUGACGCUCCUUGAUUUGCAGUAUAAUCAUUUCACAGGAGUGCUUCCAUCUUCGCUAUCGAACUCUUCCCUUAUUGAACAUCUGUACAUACAAAGGAACAACUUCAACGGAAAGAUUGUCGAUUUGACAAAGCUUUCAUCUCUUGAAAUGCUUUUGGUUGCAUAUAACCGUUUCAAUGGAGAUGUAGGUGCUAUUUUAUCAUCCCUCACAAACUGCACCAACCUUGAGGUUAUUACGUUGGAGGAUAACCAUUUCACUGGUUCGUUACCAGAGUCCAUUGGAAAUCUUUCUCAUCACUUGUUUCUCUUGACCGUUCAUCGAAACCAGUUAAGUGGAAGCAUUCCAUCUAGUAUAGGAAACCUUGUUGGUCUCAAUACUUUAGCAACUUUUAGCAAUAAUAUAAACGGUCCAAUUCCUUCCUCCAUUGGAAAACUUCAUAAGUUGCAAGAAAUCAGUCUCGCUGAGAAUAGACUGACAAAUCAGAUACCAUCUUCAUUAGGCAACUUGACUUUGUUGAACGCUCUUUAUGUAGGAUCAAACCAUCUUUCUGGGAGUAUACCUCAAAGUCUUGGCAAUUGUAGCAACUUGUUGUUUUUAGACCUUUCAUAUAACAAUCUCAGUGGCUCAAUACCACCCGAAAUCAUUAAGCUUUCCUCCAUCUCCAUUGGACUUGACCUAUCUCACAACGUUUUGACGGGUACUGUUCCAUCAGAAGUUGGGGCUUUGAGAAACCUUGGGGACAUGGACUUGUCACACAAUAGAUUAUCCGGAACCAUUCCUCCUUCUAUGGGGAGUUGUGUGAUGCUCAGCUCGCUUCACCUAGGGAGAAAUUCUUUUCAAGGUGAAAUACCUAAUCGUCUGAGUGCUUUGAGAGGUUUAGUAUCUUUGGAUCUUUCAGAGAAUAACCUUUCAGGGAUGAUUCCAAGAUUUCUUGUCGAGUUUCGCUUGUUGUAUCUCAACAUUUCUUUCAAUGAGCUGCAAGGAGAAGUCCCAACUCUGGGAGUUUUCCAAAAUGAAAGUGCAAUCUCACUUGAAGGAAACCAAGAUUUGUGCGGAGGUAUUGCAUCCCUAAACCUUCCUCCUUGUCCAUCAUCACCAAAAUCCAACAAGAGCGGUUUAGGUGAAAUCUUGAUCCCAACUAUUGUUGGAGCCAUAUGCCUAUCCCUUGCAGCGUGCUUCUUUGUGACCGUUAUCUACAGGAGAUGUGCAUUGCAAAAUGUUGGGGCUCCCAUAUUCAAAGCUCAAGACUUUUUGAGGCUCUCUUAUGCAGAUCUAUUGACUGCCACAUGUGGAUUCUCUGAGACGAAUCUGCUUGGUGCAGGGAAAUUUGGAUCUGUAUACAAAGGAAAUAUCAAUGUUGUGGAUGGGCAAACAGAUGCAGCAGUGAAGGUGCUUGAUCUGAGUGUAAGAGGAGCUUGUAAGAGUUUGGUAUCUGAAUGCAAUGCAUUGAGAGGCAUACGACACAGAAACCUGCUCAAGAUUAUGAGUGUGUGUGACAGCACUGAUUUUCAAGGGAAUGAUUUCAAGGCAUUGGUAUAUGAAUUUAUGGCCAACGGAAGCCUAGAGAAUUGGCUGCAUUGCAAUCCUGAGAAUGAAGCGUUUAGAGCUCUAAGUGCUAUUCAGAGACUGAAUAUUGCAAUUGAUAUUGCAUCUGCAGUUGAGUACUUGCAUUGUAGUACUGAUUCCAUAGUUAUUCAUGGAGAUUUGAAGCCGAGAAACAUUCUCUUGGAUCAAGACAUGGUCGCCAAAGUUGGUGAUUUUGGAUUGGCCAAAAUCAUCUCAAGCAUUUCACAUAACAUGUCAUCCACGGAAGGAAGCCGUUCAUCUACAAUCAAGGGUACCAUCGGCUACAUCGCUCCAGAAUAUGGCAUGAGUGAUGUUUUAUCAACACAAGGGGACGUAUACAGCUACGGAAUUCUUCUGCUUGAGUUGUUCACAAAUAGAAGACCCACCAGUGAUGCCUUCGAGGGGUACCAAAAUCUCCAGGAGUUCGUCACCAACGCUUUACCAAACCAUGUAACUGAAGUGGUGGAUCCGUAUCUACAUCAACAAGUGAAUGAAGAUGACAAGUAUUGGGGUUGCAUGGUUUCGAUUUUGAGUAUUGCACUGAGAUGCUCACUUGAACUUCCCAGAGAUCGUACCCCGAUGGGAGAUGUUGUUAAUCAACUGAAAAAGAUAAGAAAUGUCUUUUUUGAAGACAGGCGCGGCAGAAAUGUCGCUUCCUAUCAACGUUAA